GAUUGACGGAGAUCUGAGGCUGUUGGUGGUAUACAGAAGUAAUUAGGAUGGGAGGAAAGCUGCUGCUUUGAAAGAGGAAGGAAAUGGGCUGGAGGAAUUGGGGUAUGUUCACCAAGUUGGGAGGGGGCUCAAAAUUAGUGUUCAUUUCUGAGCAGCUGCUGGCAUGUCAGAGGCUUGGAAUUGGCAUGGUAAGUCUAAAAGUGUCUCAGCGGUGGUUAGCUGAUCUCACCCAAGUUCCAAGCCCUACUCUACUUGACCCUUUUCUCUUGAGCCUCAGAGCUAAAAUGUUCCUGAGCUCUCCUAUUGGCUGGGAAGACCAAUUGAAGUUCCCUUGCCCAUGUUAGGAGGUGUACGCCUCCUAAACUAAAAAUAGAAACAGCUGGCCCUUCUAGGCAGCUAAAAUCCUCCAGACUAAGAGGUGUUCCCCAGUCGGCGGCCAGACUCCUUGAAAUACCCUUUUGGUAAUUCUACCAACGCCUCCAUGUCUCUACUCUGCCAUAACAAAGGCUGUGGGCAGCACUUUGACCCCCAAACCAACCUUCCUGAUUCCUGUUGCCAUCACCCUGGGGUCCCAAUCUUCCAUGAUGCACUUAAGGGUUGGUCCUGCUGCCGGAAGCGAACUGUAGAUUUCUCUGAGUUCUUAAACAUCAAGGGCUGUACUGUGGGACCACACUGUGCUGAGAAGCUCCCUGAGGCCCCUCAACCUGAGGGCCCUGACACAAGCAGUUCACUUCAGGAGCAAAAACCGAAUACGAUUCCAAAGUCAGCAGAGACUUUGCGCCGGGAGAGGCCCAAGUCAGAGUUGCCUCCAAAGCUCCUUCCGCUAAAUAUAUCCCAAGCCCUGGAAAUGGCACUGGAACAGAAGGAAUUAGACCAAGAACCUGGAGCAGGUCUUGAUAGUAGUCUGAUCCGGACUGGUGUCAGCUGCCAGAACCCAGGAUGUGAUGCUGUUUACCGAGGCCCGGAGAGUGAUGCUGCUCCAUGUACCUACCACCCAGGAGCACCUCGAUUUCAUGAGGGGAUUAAAUCUUGGAGCUGUUGUGGUAUCCAGACCCUGGAUUUUGGGGCAUUCCUGGCACAGCCAGGAUGCAGAGUUGGUAGACAUGACUGGGGGAAGCAGCUGCCAGCGUCUUGCCGUCAUGAUUGGCACCAGACAGAUUCCUUAGUAGUGGUGACUGUAUACGGCCAGAUUCCACUUCCUGCGUUCAACUGGGUGAAGGCCACUCAAACUAAGCUUCAUAUCCAUAUUGUCUUUGAUGGUAACCGUGUGUUCCAAGCACAGAUGAAGCUCUGGGGGGGGACCAGCAACUACUCAGAAUUCCUGGAGAGGAUGGAGUGGUUAAGAAUCCACCUGCUAAUACAGGGGGACACAGGUUUGAUCCCUGAUCCUGGAAGAUCCCACAUGCUGCAGAGCAACUAAGCCCGCAAGCCACAACUACUGAGCCCACGUGCUGCAGCUACUGAAGCCCACAUGCCUAAAGCCCGUGCUCUGCAACAAGAGGAGCCACUGCACUCAGAAGCCUGUGAACUGCAACAAAGAGUAGCCCCUGCUCGCCACAACUAGAGAAAAGCCCGCAUGCAGCAAUGAAGAUCCAACGCAGCCAAAAAUCAAUGUUAAUUAAUUUAGAAAAAAAGAAAAAAAUGAAAAGAAAUUUCAUUCACAAUAGUAACAAAAGCUAUAAAAUAUAUAAGAAUAUAGGCAAUGUUCUCUUACAUAGGACAGGAUAAAAAAGCACUAAAAAUAAAAGAAAAAUUUGAUUGGACAUUAUCAAAGUUAAAAACUUAUGCUAUUUAAGAAAAUGAAAGGCAAGCCAGAGAGUGGGAGAAAAUAUUCACAAUACCACCUAUGUCUGAUGAAGUAUUUAUAUCCAGAAUACAUAAAGAACUUUUACAACUCCAAAUAAGAAAACAACCUAAUAACAAAAUGGGCAAAAGAGUUGAACAGACACUACACCAGGAAAGAUAUAUCCAAAGCAAUUAAGUAAAUGAAAAGCUGCUCAAAUCAUUGGGCAUCAGGGAAAUGCAUGUGAAAUACCACUAUGUAUACCCACUAGAAUUGCUAAAUUAAAAAGAUAAUAUUAAGUGAUGGUGAAGAUGUGGAGUCACUGGGACUCUCACAUUAGAAUUUUAAAUGGUACAACCACUUUGGUGUACUAUUUGGUAGUUUCUUAAGAAUGUUCAACAUACGAUGUUAAACAUACACCUACCCAACGACCCGACAAUUCCACUUUUAGGUAUCCCUCAAGAGAAAUGAAAACAUAUGUCCACAAAAAGAGUGAUGAAAGAAAAUUUUAAAUAUUGAGGUGUGGGGAAGUCAUUCUGGCUUAUACAUUAGUUAACCUGAAUUUUAUGCACACAGCCUGUUUGUGGCCUAUCAAACGUACACUGUAACUCUGCUUUAAUUAUUACAGAGAAGGAUGCAUUGACUACAAGUAAACAACGUCCAUGUUAAAAAGAAAGAUUAAAUGCCUCCAUUCCUGGGAUGUCAAUACUGAUACUCCUUCCAUGAUGACUCCCUUCCCAGGUGCCAAGGCCAGUACUGACUCACUAUGUACAUGCUGAUCUGUUUUUUUGUUUGUUUGUUUUUGGAAAGCUUGAAAGAAUGUAUCCCUGACUUGUUUGAUGUUCUUGUUCUGACAAGAUAUAAAAUUAUGCUGAAAACCAUGCUUACCUGGAGCAGUUAGGGUUAUCUGAGAGGCUGUCUUCUGGGCUACAGUCCUCAGUUUGGCUUAAAUAAAACUCCUUUCUAUUCCUAUUAUAAAUUGUUUAUUAUUUUCAUCAACAAGACUUAUACACAAAUAUUCAUAGGAACUUUAUCCAUAAUGGCCCCAAACUGGAAACAAACUGCUAUAUAUCUUUGUGAUUGAAUGCUACUAAGCAAUAAAAGGGGAUGAAUUACUCUUAUGCCCCACAACAUGAAUAAAUCUCAGAAAUAUUAUGCUGAGCAAAUAAUUAGCAGCUCAUGGGUUGUGAAAAAUCAAAAUACUAUACAAGUUAAGAAGGUAACUAUCAAGUUAUCAUAUACAAUGUGAUGAAAGAAAUUUUCAUAUAUUGAGGUAUGAGGGAAGUCAUUCUGGAUUAUACAUGAUUUAACUUGAAUUUUAUGCUGAUUAAAACAGGUUGCUUGUGGCCUAUCAAGCAUAGAUUGUACAUCUGCUGUAAUUAUUAAAGAAAAGGGUACACUGACCAGCAAUAAAGGAUGUCCAUGUUAAAGAUUAAAUGCCACCCUUUUGGGAUGCCAAUGCUACUACUCCUUCGAUGAUAAGACUCCCUUCCCAGGUGCUAGUAUCCAUAGAGACUCACUGUGUAUGUACUGAUUUGCUUUUUUUCAAACUUUGAAGGGAUGUAUCCCCGACCUGUUUGAUGUUCUUUGUUUUGACAAGAUAUAAAACUGCUGAAAAACAUGCUUCUCUGGAGCAUUUGCUCAGUUAUCUGAAAGACUGUCUCCCAGUCUAUAGUCCUCAGUCUGGCUCAAAUAAAACUCUUUUCUAGGACUUCCUAGAUGGUGCAGUGGUUAGGAGUCCACCUGCCAAUGCAGGGGACACGGGUUCGAUCCCUGCUCCAGGAAGAUCACACAUGCCACAGAGCAACUAAGCCUGUGUGCCACAACUAUUGAGCCUGUGCUCUCAAGCCUGUGAGCCACAACUAUUGAGCCUGUGUGCCGCAACUACUGAAACCUGCGUGCCUAGAGCCUGUGCUCUGCAAUGAAGAGUGGCCCCCACUCGCUGCAGCUGGAGAAAGCCAGUGCGCAACAACGAAGACCCAACGCAGUCAAAAGUAAAAUAAUAAAUAAUAAAAUCAGAUUGUGAUGAUAGUAGCACAGCAUUGUAAAUUUACUAAAAAUCAUUUAAUUGUACACUUAAAAUGAGUGAAUGGUAUGUAAA